UCAAUGUCAACUUCAUCAUGACCAUCAUCAUCAGCAUCUCUGCGCUCCUGCUGGCCUCUCUGCUGCCACACCUGACCUUCACUGCUCAUGUGAAUGUGGGUAUAGUGAACGGCACAGAAGCUAAACCCCACUCCAGACCUUACAUGGUUUCUAUUCAGAAGAACAGACAACAUAUCUGCGGUGGAUUCCUCAUUUCUAAUCAGUUUGUCCUGACUGCUGCACACUGCUGGAACCGAAUAGAGGUUCUGACGGUUGUUAUUGGUGCUCAUGACUUAAGGAACAUCGAGAAUUCAGAUCGCUUCGACGUGAAGUCUUACAUCCCACACCCAGACUAUAUAGACCGUCGUAAUCAGAAUGACAUCAUGCUUAUGAGGCUACAGGAAAAAGUUAAAGCAAACAACAAUGUCAAAUGGAUUGAUUUACCAAUGGAUGGAGAGGAAAUGGGAACAAAUUCUGUCUGUAGUGUUGCCGGCUGGGGAAGACUGAAGACUAAUGGCCCAACGAGUGAUCUUCUAAUGGAGGCAAAUUUGUACAUAAUGAAUAACUUAGAAUGUAGCUAUAAAUGGGGAGAGAUCUACUCACUCUCACAGAUGAUGUGCACACAUGGCCGUGGUGGAUCCUGCCUUUUUGAUUCAGGAGGUCCUUUGGUUUAUGGAAACACUGCAGUUGGUGUCACAUCGUUUGGAAAUGCGGAAAUGUGCAAUUCACCUAAAUAUCCGAAUGUGUAUAUUAAGAUUUCACAAUAUCGCGAAUGGAUCGACAACAUAAUUAGAAAAAGUGAGUUCAGUUAUUGAAUGCUUUUGUGACUUCUUUCAAUAAAGUAUCACGUGGCAAGCAUCAA